UUCUUCGAGGCCAGGACUGGGUGAUGGUGUCGCUACUCCCACCACAGUCUGACGUCACACUGCCCGGCCCCACCAGACUGGAGGGGGAGCGCCAAGGGGACCUCAUGCAAGCACCAGGCCUCCCAGGCUCCCCUGCCCCACAGAGCAAGCAUGCUGGCUUCAGCUGCCCGUCCUUUGUGCCUGAUGGCCCUCCAGAGAGGGCACCUUCACUGCCUCCACACAGCCCCAGCAUUGCGUCACCAGGCCCUGAACAAGUCCAGGGUCACUGCCCAGCUGGCCCUGGCCCGGGCCCCUUCCGACUUUCACCCUCAGACAAGUAUCCUGGCUUUGGCUUUGAGGAGAGCUCAGCAAGCAGCCCCGGGCCCUUCCUCAAGGGCAGCCACGUGCCCUUCCACCCAUACAAGCAGCAUUUUCAUGAGGACGUCUUCCCUGAGGCCCAGACUGCCCUGGCCCUCGAUGGACACUCCUUUAAAACACCAGGGGUGCUGGAGGCCUUUGAGGAGAUCCCUGUGGAUGUGGGGGAGGCCGAGGCCUACCUGCCUGGUUUUUCAGCAGAGACCUGGUGCAACGGGCUCCCCUACCCCAGCCUGGAGCACAGCCCCCAAGUCCUGGGCUCAGAGGUCAAGGUCAAGCCCCCAACUCUGGAGAGUGGCCCUGGGAUGUACUGCUACCAGCCCCCCUUGCAGCACAUGUACUGCCCCGCCCAGCCCCCCUUCCACCAGUACUCGUCAGGUGGUGGCAGCUACCCUGUACCCUACCUGGGCACCUCACACUAUCCUUACCAGCGGAUCGCACCCCAGGCCAGCAAUGAUGGGCACCAGCCUCUCUUCCCAAAACCCAUCUACUCCUACAGCAUCCUCAUCUUCAUGGCCCUUAAGAACAGUAAAACUGGGAGCCUUCCUGUGAGCGAGAUCUAUAAUUUUAUGACGGAGCACUUUCCGUACUUCAAGACGGCACCUGAUGGCUGGAAGAAUUCCGUCCGCCACAACCUAUCCCUCAACAAAUGCUUCGAAAAGGUAGAGAACAAAUCGGGAAGCUCCUCUCGGAAGGGCUGCCUGUGGGCCCUCAAUCCAGCCAAGAUUGACAAGAUGCAGGAGGAGCUGCAGAAGUGGAAGAGGAAAGAUCCCAUUGCUGUGCGCAAAAGUAUGGCCAAGCCAGAAGAGCUGGACAGCCUCAUUGGAGACAAGAGGGAGAAGCUGGGCUCCCCACUGCUGGGCUGUCCACCCCCUGGGCUGGCAGGCUCAGGCCCCAUCCGGCCCCUGGCACCCCCAACCGGGCUAUCCCAGCCACUGCAUUCACUCCAUCCCGCUCCAGGGCCCAUCCCUGGCAAGAACCCCCUGCAGGACCUAUUGGAGGGUCAUGUACCCUCCUGCUAUGGGCAGACAUAUCCACACCUCUCACCAGGCCUGGCCCCUCCUGGACCCCCGCAGCCAUUGUUCCCACAGCCAGAUGGGCACCUUGAGCUGCGGGCCCAGCCAAGCACCCCCCAGGACUCGCCUCUGCCUGCCCACACCCCACCCAGCCACAGUGCUAAGCUGCUGGCUGAGCCUUCCCCAGCAAGGACCAUGCAUGACACCCUACUGCCAGAUGGAGACCUUGGAACUGACCUGGAUGCUAUCAACCCCUCCCUCACCGACUUUGACUUUCAGGGAAACCUGUGGGAACAACUGAAGGAUGACAGCUUGGCCCUCGACCCCCUGGUACUGGUGACCUCAUCCCCGACGACAUCAUCAUCUUCAAUGCCGCCACCCCCACCAGCCCCCCACUGCUUCCCCCCUGGGCCCUGUCUGGCAGAGACAGGCAGUGGGGCAGGCGACUUGGCACCCCCAGGCAAUGGGGGCUCCGGGGCACUGGGUGACUUGCACCUCACCACCCUCUACUCGGACUUCAUGGAGCUGGAGCCCACGCCCUCCACAGCCCCAGCCGGCCCUUCAGUGUACCUCAGCCCCAGCUCCAAGCCCAUGGCCUUGGCAUGAUCUAUGUCCAGGAUCAGCUCGAGCCUUUGCCUAGCCUGGAUGUCCCAGCUGGUCGCCCACAUCGGGCUCACCUUAAAGAUCAAGGAAGGAAAACACUACCUUGUCCCCUGUGCCCCUUGUUUGUUAGCUGGCAGCUGGAGGUACAGAGGACUCCACCUGGGCUGCUGCCCCUCUUACAUUUCUGCCACCUGGUGGUCUAGCUCCUCACUCAGGGCCCCAGAAAAGCAAAUGUGUGGGCAAGAAUAAAACACACUCUAGUUCACUCCCAUCCACACUUAAACCCCUGUACUUACACACACACAGAGACACACACACACACACCCCUCCCCACCACAUAAACCUUAUCCCCAGAGGAAUCAGUACUACAACACGGACAGCCUGACUUCAUUUCUGGGACAGCUGAGAGCUGAGAGCUUUGCUUACCAAAAGCUCAGAGCCCGGUGCCAGGCCGAAGACCAUCCCCUGAAGCCCCUUAGACAUCCACAUUCUCUGCAGGCCCCACUCCCUGCAGUCAUGUUCUUUCCAAGAAGCCCCCUGUAUUUAUUCUCCCAUCUUUACCCCAAUAGUCCAGCAAAGAGGAGGAAAGAGAGCUCCUCCCCAAAUUGUCUGUGGCCCCCUCUAGGGGGUUGCUACUUAGCAGCUCUUACUCUGCCAGGCUCUACCUAUCCUUACAGUACAUGCUCUGUCUGGCCACCCCCAGGGUGACAUGCAAGAGGGGCA